AUAGCUGACGCGAAGAUGUUUUUUAGUGAUAAUUAUCUACCAAACUCUUUAAUCGGCUGGCGCUGGUGUAAGUUAGACGCAGCUGUGAACAUGGCAAACCUUAUUACAUCUACAACUGCAAAGGAAGAGGAUGCCCAAGCAACCUUAGGCUCAAAUGAAAAAAUAUCAAACGAAAUUGUUAUUGAUCCAGAUUCCGUGCAAGUUCGUGCGAGCUGGGAAGAAUUGAAUCGAAGGAUAGGAGCAUUCAUUGAGAGGAAACGUCAACAAGUAGACACUCUGAAUGUACAAGAAUUUUGCUGUCACAGUGAGAAGAAUGGUGAUUAUGAGAAUUCCUGUGCAAGAGUGGACGCUGUUCUAAUUCGACACAAAGAUUCCAAAAGUCAUGUAAAAGUUCACAGAGUACUAAACACAUGGGGACCCCAGACAGUUGAUCAAUCCAUUUUAAAAACACUUGCAAAUGAUGCAAAUGAUACUAUCAGCUGCUCUCCUAUACUAGAUAAUAGGAUUUCUGAAGCAGAGUGUAUAGUGGGGAUUAACAAACCUGUACCCAAAGAUAUUUAUAAAAGAUUGAAAAACAUUGAGGACAGAAUACUGUAUUUAGAAAGCAUAUCGCCAGAGUACAAGGAGUUUUGGGUAGCAGACGACAUUAAUAACUUGAAAGGUCUUUCAAAAUCUACCCAGAAAAGGACAUACUCCAUGGCAGAACUCGACUCUAAAUUAUAUGAACUUGAAGACAAAUACGCUAAGAAAAGAAGAUGACUACAACACACGGCACGCGGAGAAUUCGAGUUCGAGAAGUGUCGGGCAGAUUGUAGAGAUGAAGAUGGCCGUGGAACAUAUCGUUCUCUGCUCACGCCGAAUGCGCGCCGAAAUACGGUGGAUUUGUCAAGCACGUAAAAAUAUUUAUAUACAAAAUAGUCAAUACUGUAAAAAAUAGUUUGUUAAAACAC